UCAAAACAGUAAAUAUCGACAAUAAUCGACAGUAAUCGGCUUGAGAUAACAGUAAAAGCUGCGACAUAAUCGCCCUAUACCAUGGGAUAUCUACUUACGCUAUUGUUUCUCUAUGGUUAUAGUCAUAUCCAGAAAUUCAAAUACUUUACCAACUACAAAUUCAUGGUAUUUCAACACUGGAGUUAUAGUUUGUGUCUAAGCUACCUUACCACAUAAAUUAAUUAUCUUACCUUACCACAACAGCAUUAUCUUAUUGCAAGAAACAGUAGUUUGAAGUGUGUACAACUUUUAAAUACAACGCCAAACAGUUGUAGAUUAAACAUAUUAUGUGCAUAGAUAUUAAUUAGAAUUGAUGGCUCUAAAACUACUAUGUGUGUAAAUUUGAAAUUAAUUGUAAAGUAUUCAGCAAUAUCCAAGUGAGUUAAAUUCACAUUCAACCUUAUAUAAGCAUUGAAUUUGAUUUCAAUAAAAAAUUCAAUUAGUCUACAUUUAAAAAUGGAAGUAUGACCACUUGUAAUUACUCAAAAGUAAAAUCUUAUAAGUUAGAAUUCAACCCUUUAUCAGUUUGUAUUUAGGACCUUUGUAUACUAAGAUUAAUGUAUUUAAAAUCUAGAAAAAAGCUAAAUUCAACCCUUAAAUCAGCAUUUUUUUAAACAGUGUUUUAAACAAAUAUCCAAUACCCUCAACUAUAAAUUGAUGAGUUCCUAUCUGCUUUGAUAUAAAGACUUCAGUUAGAAAAACAAUCAUGCUAAUCUAACUUCUCAUUCAAAUAAUAUUGUUGAGCGAGUGGCGGGUUUUUCGAAUUGGCCGAGCCUGCACUGUUGCAGUAGAAUAAUAAAGCAAAAGCAUAUUGAUUCAACAUAGCCGUAGUUUCGGCAUGGGGUGGUUGCAUGGGCUAGUGGGUGGUGGUUGUGGGGGGGUGGUAUGGUCGAGUGGGGUUGGAGUGGCGUAGUAGUGGGGGUUACCUACCCCGCCCUCCCCCUAAUCCGUAGUACGAUCUAGCCAGCACCAGCAGGUCUGCGUGUGAUUCAGUCAGUCAGCUACCGGCUUCUCUGUCAUCUGUUCGCGCCAUACGAAAAUAGCUCGCUAUCAUGUGCAUUCUUUCUGUUUCCAAUUGGAAAUAAUAAUCGGAGCGCGCGAACUAAAUGUGCCUUAACGACGAUGCUCAGUUCUCGAGCACAGCUCACUGUCACCACACGACGGCCGACAAAAUGAUCUUCAUAGACAGAUAGACUGUUCAUAACCUGCAUUCCAAAUGAAUAUGGAACAGAAGUUGAUGUACGCCUUCCGAGGUUGGAUCGCGUUUGUCGCCUUCAUGGACCUCGGAGUCGCGUUCCGCUCGUUCAUCGAAAAAAGAUGCUUCCUCGGCGAAUACUCCUACACUGAAAGCGACCAAUUAAUUGAGCAGAGCGAUCCUACUCUUCCAAGGAUCCUCGGCAUGUAUUCCAUUCUGAAGGCAAUAGCACUCAUCCAUUGUACAGUUUUCAUCCAUUAUAGACCGAUAAUUAGUAUGGGCAUGUGCUCGCUUCUACUUACUAUUAUAAUGUAUAUCACUGAAGCACUUUACUACCACUCGACAACGCUCAACUUUUAUGUAAUUUUCCCUUGCGUUUUGAAUGGUAAGUUGUAAAUAUUGUAAACGUAAUGUGUUUAAAUUACAUGCAUAUGAAACUUAUGAAUAUUUUUAUCAUAGACA